AUGCUCCAAUGGUUAAGAGAGAAUGGUUGUCCAUGGAAUGCGUGGACAUGUUCAUCCGCUGCUGAAGGUGGACAUUUGGAAAUUCUAAAGUGGGCUCGUGAAAAUGGUUGUCCAUGGAAUUAUUGGACAUGUACCAAUGCUGCUGCAAAUGGGCAUUUGGAAAUUCUAAAAUGGGCUCGUGAAAAUGGCUGUCCAUGGGAUGAUUCGACAUGCUGGGCUGCUGCUACAGGUGGACAUUUGGAGGUUUUGAAGUGGUUACGAGAGAAUGGUUGUCCAUGGAAUUGGCAGACAUGUACAGUUGCUGCUGAAAGUGGACAUUUGGAAAUUUUAAAGUGGGCUCAUGAAAAUGGUUGUCCAUGGGAUGAACGAACAUGUGCUCAAGCUGCUGAAGGUGGACACUUGGAGGUUUUGAAGUGGUUACGAGAGAAUGGUUGUCCAUGGGAUGAAAAGACAUAUCGAGCUGCCUGCAGGAAAAACCAAAGCGAAGUGAUCCAGUGGCUACGUGACAAUGGCUGCCCUGGGUCUCAUGACGAGGAUGAAGGGCACUAA